AAAUCAUGUGUGCAUUGUUUUUCGCUUUCUUUUUAUUCUCUCCUUUAUUUAAAAUUUGGCUAAAGCGAAUUCACGACCCGAAAUGUUCAGCAGUAUUUUCGCGCUUCCUGCCGGCGGUCUGGCCAAGUUCAUCUGGCUCUCAGCAGCCUUCUCCGUCUUCAACACGGUACAGUGUCUUUUGGCACCCUUGGGUAUGACACGCCGUAUUUACUCACGGCAGCCCGAGCAAGUGACCCCCCUGACUUCGCAUGUCUUUGCCGCAUGGACAGCCCUAUCAGCCGUGCUGCGCUACCAGUGCGCGUUCAAUAUGGGUAAUGAGCUUGUUUACGAUAUGACCUUUUGGUCGUAUGUUAUUGCGGGCACGCAUUUUGUCUCGGAGAUUGUUGUUUUCAAGAGCGUCAAGUUCCCAGGGCCUGUUAUUAGCACCUUUUGCGUUGCUGUGACGUGCAUUCUGUGGAUGAUCAAGGACCGCGAUGUUUACAUUCAUUAGGGCUGAUGUUUUGUUUAAUGUUUUUCUAUUUAUAAUGAAUUGAUAGUAACAAAAAGCAU